AUGGCCGGAGUGGGCACCCUCUGCUGGCCAUGUCCUGGCUCUGCAGUGCCUUCUCCCCUUCUGGAGGUGGCCCUCAGAAAAGGCUGUGUGAGAGGUCUGGCAUGCCCGCUCCACCAGCGCCCAGCGGCCUUAGCUCCUGGCUCCCAGACCGUGAACACUGCCCCUUCGCCCCUCCUAACGCCCUACAUCAGCCUGGGGCUUUCCCCGGAACGGCCAGCAGGUGGCGUGGAGGCUCCCCUCUCCCCAUCGCUGGACCGAAGCCAGGAUAAAACUGGAUCCUAUGACCUCUAUCUGACCCUUCUCUUUGCUGCUGCUCCUGAAAUGGCUAACCGAGGAGACUCCGGGCCGGGCCGGGUCAGGACUGGGGCUGGGACUGACCGCGGUGCGGUGCUGCGGCUCCUGCCCCCGCCAGAGAGCGGGAGCGGCGGACGCCCGAAGCCCCUGGCUUUCCGGGCGCCGGCAGAGUGGGGAUCGGGGACAGGAGUGGGGGCGCCCUCGGUCCUCACCCCGCCCCCGCCCUCUCCCCGCAGCGGGGGCGCCCCGCCCCCCGGGCGCCCGACGUGGACGCGGCCGCUGCCGCCGCCGCCGCUGCCGCCGCCGCGCGGGAGUCGCUGUCCGCGGAGCCGAUAUGCAGGCGGCGCGGGGCGGCGCGGGGCGGCCGGGCCGGGAGGGCCGCGGGCCGGAGUGCGAGCCGGAGCCGGACGCAGCAGCCGCCAUGCCCCCGGGCCGCCGUGCGCCUGGCCGCCCGCGCCGCCCCGCGCCGCGCUCCGCCUGUGGCUGAGCUGCGUCUGCUUCGCGCUGGUGCAGGCGGACAGUCCCUCGGCACCUGUGAAUGUCACCGUCAGGCACCUCAAGGCCAACUCUGCGGUGGUCAGCUGGGAUGUCCUGGAGGACGAGGUUAUCAUCGGGUUUGCCAUCUCUCAGCAGAAGAAGGACGUGCGGAUGCUUCGCUUCAUCCAGGAGGUGAACACCACCACCCGCUCGUGCGCUCUCUGGGAUCUGGAGGAGGACACAGAGUACAUUGUGCACGUGCAGGCCAUCUCCAUUCAGGGCCAGAGCCCAGCUAGUGAGCCUCUGCUCUUCAAGACCCCACGUGAGGCCGAGAAGAUGGCCUCUAAGAAUAAAGAUGAGGUGACCAUGAAGGAGAUGGGGAGGAACCAGCAGCUGCGAACAGGCGAGGUGUUGAUCAUCGUUGUGGUCCUCUUCAUGUGGGCAGGUGUCAUAGCCCUCUUCUGCCGCCAGUAUGACAUCAUCAAGGACAACGAGCCCAAUAACAACAAGGAGAAAACCAAGAGUGCGUCGGAAACCAGCACACCAGAGCACCAGGGCGGGGGGCUCCUCCGCAGCAAGAUAUGAAACCUUUCAGUGCUUGCCCUGAGCAGCUCCGAAGACAGUAGAGAAUGUGAGAGGACCUCACUGUUCUGACGAUGACUGUCCAACAAACAUCUGGCCCUCUCUGCGUCUCCUCCCCCAUCCAUCUUCUCCUAUCAUCAGGCUUUACUGGCUUCUCUCUUGGCUUCUCUCUUUCUGAUGUCUUGUCCUGAAGCCUCUUAUUAACCCCUAACUCCAGGAGCACCUCAACAACGUCAGUGUCUCAGGCUGCACCCAGAGACACACUGCAGAAUGUGAGAACCAGCCAGAGGGCUCUUUGCUGCGGGUAGACUGGGUGCCAGGGUUCUCGGCACAGGACUCAUGUCUUGGCCACUCAGCUUGACCAAAGGCUGUGUGUGAAAGGGCAGAGAAAUGAGACUUCCAGGCAGGGCCGUUCCUUUCUUCCUGUGAGGGACAAGAGCCUGGUGUUUAGGCUGCAGCCCUGCUAUUCCUUCCCUCCCCGGCCCUGUUUCCCAUCUUGCAAGAAGUCUGUUCAACCAGCUCCGGCCACUGCUCUUUUGUUCCCUUCCCAGUUUCCAAACAAGGCCUCAGUGAACCUCAUCAGAGUGUGGCGGCCCCGUCUGCAGGGGAAGGGUUUCCUUCUCUGCUGGUCCCUGCGCCCUUCCUGGGCACAGGGCAAAAGCUGACUAAAGCGGUGGGGGCCCAGCUAGCCAUAGUUCCUUUUCCCCAUCUUAGUCUGAUGGAGGCUGAACUAUAAACCCAAAUUCUAUGCACACACACACACACACACACACACACACACACACACACACACAAUCAAAUAAGCCACAAAGCUAGAAGGCCCGGCUGCACUCUGGAGAAGGCAAUGCUGCAUGAGACAGGCCGGCCUCCCACCUCCUCACUUCUUCUGGACUGGCUUCCUCUUUGAGAUAAUUCACAAAGCUCUGGGAGAGGAGCAAGACUGACUCGAGCUGUGCCCUUCAACCAAGGCACCAGGGAAGCUGUGGGGCUGCCUGCCUUUCAGGGUCCUGACGACAUCAAGCCCGUUCUAGAUCCGGCCAAAAAGGACAUCUGCGGUGUGAGGCACACCUUUGCGAAUGUGUUUGAGGUUACUGUUCGGACUCUCGGAAAACACAUCAGAGAGGCUGCACCCAGAGGGUGGAGGCUUCUGCCCAGGCCUGAGGCGACGGUCUUCUUUGUGGUGAGAUCAUCAGCAUGGAGUUUUAAGGUACUGGAAGGUACUGUCUACUUUAAAGGAAGUGCCUGGGCAUUAGAGCAGCGUCGGCUUGGACAGCUGAAAAGAGCGCAUCCAUAUCCUACUCCCUAGGGGCUGCUGAGUGCCCUGCUGGAAAGCCAUUCACCAGACGGAGCAGCUUUGCCCGCAGCCGUCACUGCUGGCCUCUGGGUCUCUGGAUCUUGCCAUCUCAUUCAGGGUCCUAUGGAAGUUAUCCAGGGUUCCCAGGUCCUUCCCUAGAGCUUGAAGUGUGAAGCGACAGCUAGCAUUCUCUCUCUCUCCCCCUCUCCCUCCUCUCCUCUCCUCUCCUCUGCCCCUUCUGGUUUAAAAAGGUGCUUGAUGAGGCAAGCAGACUUCUCUGGGACUGAUGCACCAAGGCUGCCAAUUGGGAAAAGUGGACUCUACAUCUUCCACUGGUGGCCAAGGUAGCGUGGGAGGCUGUUCCCAGCACACAGUAGGUGCUUGGUGAAUAUCUGUUGUACUGAAUGAGGAGCACUGGUGCCCAAGCCAGAGAGCUGAAAGCCAUCGCCCAAUGACGCCCCUUCAUUCGGGUCUCUAACAGCUCUCAAGGCCGGGUCAGCCACCGUUCUGCUUGUACCGAGUGUGGCAGCACAGGAGAGACAGAGAAGGGCAGAUGUCAGCAAUACUAAGGGCUUCCUCCCGGGAGGGCAUGAGGUUCCACUCAUUGUCUUGUGACUUCCAUCCCUGCUGAAUGGGGCUGCAAGGCCAAGGCUCCUUAAGAGAGGUCCUUACCUCGAUCCAGUUAGAGCAAUAACCACUUUUUAAAUGUAAAAUAAAGACAAAUGAAAAGGCACACCCUUGUCCUCUGGUAAA